AUGUCUUCUUCCUCCUUGUGCACGCUGCAAGAAAGCGGUGCCAAAAUCAACCAGGAGCUCUACCACAAGUUCACCAACGUGGUGUCCUCCUUGCCGUGCUCCCCGGCUCUCACCAGGCACCCGCUCUACCGCCAUGACAAUGGCUGGUAUGCCCCCCUGGCGCCAAUGGUCUCCACAAUGGUCGCGGACGCAUGCUUCUCGGCGCAUCCCUGGGACAUCGUCAUUGCCACAAUGCCGAAGUCCUUCACAACGUGGAUAAAAGCAAUGCUUUACUCCACGGUGCACAGAAGGGAGCACCCCACAGAUCGGGGACUGGGAGAACUAUCUGUCGCCAGAGACGGCAAGGACGAUCAACGCAUUAUCGAGGCCAGGUUCAAGGGUUCUGGCCUCCGUGUGUAG